ACUAAACAGCUGUAACCUGACAGAGAAGUCCUGUGAUAUUGUGGCCUCAGCUCUCCAGUCAUCAAACUCACCCCUGAGAGAUCUGGACCUCGGCUACAAUAACCUGGGAGAUUCAGGAGUGGAGCUGCUCUGUGCUGGACUGAUGAGUCCAAACUGUAAACUGCAGAGACUGGGACUGAACAACUGUAAACUCACACAGAAGUGCUGUGAUAUUGUGGCCUCAGCUCUCCAGUCAUCAAACUCACCCCUGAGAGAUCUGGACCUCAGCUACAAUAACCUGGGAGAUUCAGGAGUGGAGCUGCUCUGUGCUGGACUGAUGAGUCCAAACUGUGAACUACAAAGUCUGGGACUGAACAACUGUAAACUCACACAGAAGUGCUGUAAUAUUGUGGCCUCAGCUUUCCAGUCAUCAAACUCACCCCUGAGAGAUCUGGACCUCAGCUACAAUAACCUGGGAGAUUCAGGAGUGGAGCUGCUCUGUGUUGGACUAAUGACUCCAAACUAUAAACUACAGAGACUGGGGCUGGGUUGGUGUAGUCUCACAGAGGGCUGCUGUGAUGUUCUGGCCUCAGUCCUGCGUUCUCCUCACUCAGGGCUGAGAGAUCUGGAGCUCAGAGACAAUGAGCUGCAGGAUUCAGGAGUGAGAGCGCUCUCUGCUGGACUGGAGGACCCACACUGUAAACUGCAUAGAUUGGGGCUGUCAGGCUGUGGAGUCACACAGAGAGGUUGUGAUUCUCUGGCUUCAGCUCUGUGUUCAAACCCCUCACACCUGAGAGAGCUGGACCUGAGAUACAAUCACCCAGGAGACUCAGGAGUGAGAGCGCUGUCUGUUGCUAUAUUGGACACACUCACACUGCUUGUGGACCAUGGAGGAGAGAACAGGACCAAACCAGGACCCAGGAAAUAUGGCUGUCAGUUCACGCUGGAUCCAAACACAGCGUGCAGAGAGCUGUCUCUGUCUGAGGGGAACAGGAAGGUGACACACACACUGCGGAGAUGGGAGCCAUAUCCUGAUCAUCCAGAGAGAUUUGAGUGCUGGACCCAGGUUGUGUGCAGAGAGAGUGUGUGUGAGCGCUGUUACUGGGAGGCUGAGUUCAGUCUGUCUGAGGGGGAGGGAGGGGUUUGUAUAGCAGUGACAUAUAAAGGAAUCAGCAGGAAAGGAGAGGGUUCUGACAGUGUAUUUGGGGGGAAUAAAAACUCCUGGAGUCUGAGCUGCUUUAAACCCAGUUACUCUGAUAAACUCGGUUAUUCUGUCUGGCACAAUGAGAACCAAACAGACAUACCUGCCCUCCCCCCCUACCGCAGAGCAGGAGUGUGUGAUGGUGCUGGUAGAGGAGUGUGUGUGCGCAGGGUAGGAGUGUGUGUGGACCAUCUGGCCGGCACUCUGUCCUUCUACAGCGUCUCUGACUCUGACACACUGACCCUCCUGCACACAUUCCACACACACUUCACUCACCACAGACCCCUCUGUGCUGGAUUUAAUGUGUGGAGAUCCUCAGUGUCCCUCUGCUAACUGGAGUAGAGACACACACACACACACACACACACACACAUGCACACACACAAACAUGCACACACGUACGUGCACACACACAAACAUGCACACACAUGCGCGCACACACAAACAUGCACGUGCAAACAUGCAUACGCACACUAUCACGUACACACACACACACCACAUUCACAUACCCACUCACACACACACACACACCACACACACUCAUAUACACAUACACACACACAUCCACACACACACACAUACUCUCACACACACCCUUUCUCUCUCAGUCAUGCACACGCACUCACAAAUACACACGCUGAUGUACACUCAUGCACACAUACUCACACACUUACACACACAUUCACACAAACGCACGCACACACACACAAACUCAUGCACUCACGCACACAUACAUACAUGCGUGCAGAGACACAAACACAUGUCAACACACACAUUCACAUUCCCAUACGCAUGCACACACAUGUAUAAACACACACAUUCUCUUACCCAUGCACACACACACACUAAUGUACACUCUCGCACACACAAACAUACACAUUCACCAGUGCACUCUCACGCGCACACACACAUGCAUGCAUACGUACACACGCUCAUAACCGUAUGCACACACACACACUCUCUCUCUCUCAUACUCAGUCACUCACACACACACCCUCUCUCUCACACACACACUCACAUCCACACACAUUCACACAAACGCACGCGCACACACACACACAAACUCAUGCACUCACACACACACACAUACAUGCGUGCAGAGACACAAACACGUGUCAACACACACACUCCUCAGUGUCCCUCUGCUAACUGGAGUAGAGACACACACACAUGCGCACACACACACAUGCACACACACACGCAUACACACACACACGUGCGCAUACACACAUGAAUGCAUGCACACACACACACACAUAUAUAUGCACACACUCAUAUACACACACACACAUACAUGCGUGCACAAACAUGUGUCAACACACACACUCCUCAGUGUCCCUCUGCUAACUGGAGUAGAGACACACACACAUGCGCGCACACACACAUGCACACACACAUGCAUACACAUACACACACACGCACACUCAAUCACACACUCACGUAUAUAUAUACACACACUCAUAUGCACCUAGACCCACACACAAACGCACUCACACAUAUAUAUACAUACACUCAUAUGCACCUAGACCCACACUCGCACUCACACACCUACACACACUCUCGCACACCCAGUUACACACACACAUACUCUCACACACACCCUUUCUCUCUCAGUCAUGUACACGCACUCACAAAUACACACACUCAUGUUUACUCAUGCACACGUACUCACACACCUACGCACACACACUCUCUCACACUCAGUCACUCACACACACCUACAUACGGACACUCAUUCUCUUGCACGCACACACACUCAAAUACACAGUCACACAUUCACACAAACGCACACACACACUUUCUCUUACCCCUACACACAUGCACUUGUGUGCACACACACACAGCACACACACACAUACUCAUGCACUCAAUCAUCCUCUCACACAUGCACACACACAUACAUGUGUGCACACGCACACACACACACAUUCUCUUACCUAUACAAACACACAACCCGGGCACACACAUACUCAUGCACUCACACACAUACACACACGCACAUGCUCACAUCCACAGUCACUCCCACAAACGUACGCAUGCAUGCACACACAUUCACAAAUUCACGAACACAAACACACUCUCACCCAAUCACACACACACACACACACACACGUCGACACACUUGCAACCUUCCUUGACCAAUACCUUACCACUGCAAUUUCAGCUGUGCCCAGUAUUAGCCUCAGUACAGCUUAAACCCUGUACAUCUUUUAGCAGGUUCAGGUUAAGCACUUGCUGUAUAAAUGUGAUUUUUUUUUUUUUACAUUUUAAUACAUUGAUAUUGCAAAUGUUCAAGGUUUAUGUUUAUGUACUUUUGAUUAUUAAAA